AACUGGGGCAGCAGCCAUUUUGCGCACCUGCACUGCACUCCCCCCCGGUGGUUUAGGUCUGAGGAUUUAGAUGGAUACGCUGUUCCGGUUGGUUAGCCUCCACCAGCACCACCACCACCACCCACAGGCGCCCCCCGCGCCCUCCUCGCCGGACCAGCACCACCACCACCACCACCACCAGUCCCCCUACAGCUCCCGCUCCACGUCCCGCAGCACCACCUCCACCGGCUCCCGCUCCUCCCCCGCCUCCCACCACACCCACACCCACCACUACUACCCCCACUCCCACUCCCACUACAACAAUAGCAGCAACAGCAGCGGCAGCUACUACUACUACUACGACCCCGCUGCCGGCGCCGGAGGAGGCGGCGGCGGCUACUACUACGACCACCACCAGCCGGCGCCGUACCAAGAAGAAUGCGGCAACGACCACGGCUUCUACAUGGAUGAAGACUUCUCCUCCUCCUCCUCGUCCCGCCACUUCCACCACCAGCCGUCGUCGGCCGCCCCGCCGGCGGCGCCCGCGAACCCGCCGCCCGCGUCGUCCCCGGCGCCCACGCCGCCGCAGCCCCCGCCCGCGCAGUCGUCCGCGGGGGGGCAUGGCGGGCUGUUCGAGGCCGCGGACUUCUCGUUCCCGCAGGUGGACAUCGACCUCGACUUCAGCUCCCCCGCGUCAUCCUCCGGCGCGGCCGGCGGGAGCGGGACAGCCGCCGCUUCGGCGUCGUCGGGGGGAGGCGGCGCCGGGAGGUGGGCCGCGCAGCUGCUGCUGGAGUGCGCGCGCGCCGUGGCCGCGCGCGACAGCCAGCGCGUGCAGCAGCUCAUGUGGAUGCUCAACGAGCUGGCCUCGCCGUACGGGGACGUGGACCAGAAGCUGGCGUCCUACUUCCUCCAGGGCCUCUUCGCGCGCCUCACCACCUCCGGCCCGCGCACGCUGCGCACGCUCGCCGCCGCGUCCGAUCGGAACGCGUCGUUCGAGUCCACGCGCCGCACGGCGCUCAAGUUUCAGGAGCUAAGCCCGUGGACGUCGUUCGGGCACGUUGCCGCCAACGGCGCCAUCCUCGAGUCGUUCCUGGAGGCGGCGGCGGGCGCGUCGUCAUCAUCCUCGUCGUCGUCGUCGCAGCCGCCGCGGCUGCACAUCCUGGACCUCAGCAACACCUUCUGCACGCAGUGGCCGACCCUGCUCGAAGCGCUGGCCACGCGGUCGUCGGACGACACGCCGCACCUGUCCAUCACCACCGUCGUGCCCACCGCCGCGCCGUCCGCGGCCGCGCAGCGCGUGAUGCGGGAGAUCGCGCAGCGCCUCGAGAAGUUCGCGCGCCUCAUGGGCGUGCCGUUCAGCUUCCGCACCGUGCACCACGCGGGGGACCUCGCCGAGCUCGACCUCGACGGCCUCGACCUCCGCGAGGGCGGCGCCACGACCGCGCUCGCGAUCAACUGCGUCAACGCGCUGCGCGGGGUCGCGCCGGGCGGCGCGCGGCGGCGCGACGCGUUCGUCGCCUCGCUCCGCCGGCUCGAGCCGCGCGUGGUCACCGUCGUCGAGGAGGACGCCGACCUCGUCGCGUCCGAGUCGGACGCGUCGUCGGAGGAAGCCAACACGGACGCCGCGUUCAUGAAGGUGUUCACCGAGGGCCUCCGCUUCUUCUCCGCGUACAUGGACUCCCUCGAAGAGAGCUUCCCGAAGACCAGCAACGAGAGGCUUGCGCUGGAGAGGGCAGCCGGGCGCGCCAUCGUCGACCUCGUGUCCUGCCCGGCGUCGGAGUCUGCCGAGAGGCGCGAGACGGGGGCGUCGUGGGCGCGGCGCAUGCGGUCUGCCGGCUUCUCCCCGGUGGCGUUCAGCGACGACGUCGCCGACGACGUGAGGUCGUUGCUGCGGCGAUACCGGGAGGGAUGGACCUUGCAGGAGCCAGGCACGGACGACAGCGCGGCGGCUGGGGUGUUCCUCGCGUGGAAGGAGCAGCCCGUCGUCUGGACAAGCGCGUGGAGGCCAUGAUCGUCCAUGAUGAGAUCGUGCUCGGCAAAACAAGAUGCGCCAUGCUCGAGCUAGCGUAGUGCAUGCAUUGCUCCGCUCGUGUGAGUGGCAACACGGCAAUGCAAGCAGGUAGCGCGCGAUUUUUUUUCCCUCGCUUGUCGGAUCUUUUAGCACGUGUCUACCUUGUUACUUAGGGUUUUCCAGCGGCGUAAGUAUGUAGGGAGAAGCUAAAGAUCUCAGAUGGUUAGCAUUAUUGUUUUUAGAGAUUUGGGAGGAAUUCAUGACAUUUGUUGCAGUUUCAUUCGUAUUUGACUCCAAGAAAAGAUUGUUUGGAUUGGAUGUGUAGGCUUUUCAUAUAUUCUCCAUGCAUUUGGUUAGUUUUUUGUCAGAAA